AUGACGGAUACGACGGACGAUAUCGCGGAGGAGAUUUCGUUCCAGAGCUUCGAAGAUGACUGCAAGCUGCUCGGCAGUCUCUUCAACGACGUCUUGCUGAGAGAAGUCGGCUCCGAUUUCAUGGAGAAAAUCGAACGGACUCGCGUUCUUGCUCAGAGUGCGUUAAAUCUUCGUCUGGCUGGUAUUGAAGACACGGCAGAGCUUUUGGAGAUGCAACUGACUUCCGAAAUAUCAAACAUGUCACUGGAGGAAGCAUUGACGAUGGCUCGUGCCUUUAGCCACUUUCUUAAUUUGAUGGGAAUUUCUGAAACUCAUCACAGAAACUUGCAGUACAAACAUAUCAAGAUGGCUCAUCUUCUAGAAUAUAACGAUAGACAAGACCUUGGAUUUGAAGAUCGAGAAACUGUCAUUGAGGAUCUGGUGAGGGAGAUAACUUCACUGUGGCAGAUUGAUGAACUUAGACGUCAGAAACCUACUCAUGUUGAUGAAACUAGGGGUUUGAACAUUGUUGAGAAAUCCCUUUGGAAAGCUGUACCACAUUACUUGCGUCGUGUCAACAGUUCUUUGAAGAAAUUAACGGGGAAGCCACUCCCAUUAAAUUGCACCCCAAUAAAGUUUGGUUCCGGGAUGGGUGGCGACAGAGAUGGGAAUCCAAAUGUCACGGCAAAUGUCCCAAAAGAAGUAUCACUUAUGUCUAGGUGGAUGGCUAUCGAUCUAUGCAUAAGAGAGAUUGAUAGCUUACGAUUUGAACUGUCUAUGAAUCGAUGCAGUGAUAGAUUGUCAAGAUUGGCAGAUGAAAUUCUUGAAAAAG